AAUAGAUAAUGUACAAAAACGAAGCCCAAUUAGAUUGACAUAAGAUAAUAUUACACUCAAUUCAAGUAUAAAUCCGACAUACUUUUUUUUAUUGUAUUGUGCAGACUAACAACAUUCUUGAGACAACUGGAGGAUACAGGGUACAUGAAUUGGAUAUUUUUUUUAUUCAUUUUCUGUGUUAUGGAUUUAUCAUUUGACCACUUCCUAUCAGCUCCACCUAAAAUUUCAAGUGAAUAAACAUAGAGUUAAUUUGGAUAAUCUAUGUAACGAGUAAAGGUAAAUUUUUAUCUUUUAUAUGCAGCGUGCAAUUGUUCAUACUCCAAGUGAUCCAAAUAACAAAUUUGCGGGAGCUGGAAUGGUAGCUAGUCUAUGGAAUCCUUAUGUUGAAGGUCAACAAAAUAGUGCAUGCCGAUUGAAGAUUCAAAAAGGACAAGAUAGUAUGCAAGUUGGAUGGAGAGUAAGUUUAACCCCUUAUUUAUUAAUAAUUUAAUUAAUUUCUUACUUACAAUAAUUUUAAAAUUUUAGAGGACAGAUACAGAAAAGGAAAUGGAACGGGAGAUCGCGAUGGGGAUUGAAUUUUAUGCCUCUGGGAUUUCCAUCAUUGAACUUUCACUCAAUAGUUAUAACAGCUUAUUUCUUGUUUUAGGUGGAUCCAGCAUUAUAUGGAAAUAAUCAUACUAUGUUUUUUAUACAUUUCCAAGUAAGUCUCUUGGGUACUUCAUUAAAUGAUUUCUAUCUUUGUGUUCAUGAAACUAGUAUCUUUAACUUAUUAGUUGUUCACCUCAACAGAUAAUGGUUCAUGAAUUUUUAAAUAUUUCUUAGGCUGGAAAUGUGCAUUGCUUCAACACACUAUGUCCUGGUUUUGUAAUAGUAAACAAUGACAUAUAUCUUGAUUCUGAAUUCGAACAUAUUACUCACCGAGGGGACGAUCAACAGUGGGAGUUUGUUAUGUACAUUGAUCGUGAUCUAGCAAAUGGAAAUUGGUGGCUUUUGAUUGGAGAUAAUCAGACAGCAGUUGGGUUUUGGCCUCCAGGAAUUUUCACUGCAUUAGCAAACGACUUUGCUACGAAUAUUGAGUGGGGAGGGGUGACAUAUACUCCACCAGGUGCACCUUAUCCUGCAAUGGGCUCUAGCUUUUUUCCUGAUCAAUAUCAACCAGAUCCUUCUCUUGAUGCUUACUGUAGGGGACUUAUAGUUUUAGAUGAUAAAGGCGUGACGAUAAAUGCAAAUAACACACCCAUAUUUAUUGAUAGUCGCUAUUUGUACCACGUUACUGAUGAACCAAAUUGGGGACCUGGACAGUUUCCGCAUUAUAUGUUUUACGGUGGACCUGAAACAAAGUAUGUGCCCCCUUUGUAGAGUUGUUAUGUAGUGUAAGCUUUGGGCUGAAUGUAAUAAUUAGAUAUCUAGUAAUUUGGUUUAGUCUUUGUCGUACGCAGUAGAAUACACUGUGAGGUGCCACACUGCGAAGUAUUAUAAAAUGUUACUACUUGGAGAAUAUUAUACACAAGUCGGUUUUUGGCCAAAAAAAGAUAGAGUAGCAGGAGCAAAGGUGGUUUAUCUUGAUAAGAUUAGGGGUCACUCUUUGUGAAAAUGAUUCUAUCAGUUAUUCUCUUUCCUUUGUAAAUAUAGAAGUUUGUAUAAAUCUAUUUCUUGAGCCAUAAUUCACUUGACCAGAUGAUUAAACUAAUCAAGUAUUUGGAAUGCAACACAAAGUAAUGGAGUAUAAAAAGAACAAAGACAAACAAAUGACAAAAUGGU